CCCAGGGCUUUUCGCUGGGCACAGACCAUGAGAUUUGCAGUAGAGGAGAUUAAUCAGAACCGGAACCUGUUGCCCAACUUCACUUUAGGUUACGAGAUCUAUGACUCCUGCGCAACUCAUGUGGGAGGGCAGAGAGCAAUUCUAGCAGCGCUGAAUGGACCAGAAGAAGCUCAGAGUGCCAUGUGCUCAGGUACAGCACCUCUUCUGGUUGUAAUUGGAGAUUCUGGGUCAUCUCAGUCCAUUGUUGUCUCGGGCACUCUGCAGCCCUUCAGAAUCCCAAUGAUCAGCUAUUUUUCGACAUGCUCCUGCCUCAGUGACAGGAAGAAAUACCCAACGUUUUUCAGAGUUAUUCCCAGUGAUGAUUACCAAGUGAAAGCAAUUACACGGCUCUUGCUGCAAUUUGGUUGGAAAUGGGUUGGCAUGAUCGCUGAAGAUGAUGACUAUGGCCGAUAUGCAUUACAAGGACUGUUGAGAGAGUUCAGAAACAUUGGGGUUUGUUUGGCCUACUAUGAAAUGAUACCCAAAGUAUACAAUCAGAGAAGAAUCCAUGAAAUUCUCAGAGUGAUGAAGCAAUCCACAGCAAAGGUUGUCAUCGCCUUUGCAGGUGAGGGGGAGUUGUACCCUUUACUAAAGGAAUACAUGGAUCAGAACAUCACCGGUAUUCAGUGGAUUGCCAGUGAAGCCUGGGUUACAGCCUCCAUAUUCACAGGCAGUCACUUCUACCCAUUUCUGGGUGGCACCAUUGGCUUUUCUGUACGCCAAGGAAAGAUCCCUGGUCUGAAAGACUACCUCCUGACUGUAAACCCACUUAGACAUCCCAAAAACGCCUUGGUGCAGGAGUUGUGGGGGGUUUUGUACGGCUGCUUUCUCCAGACACCCAACGGCACAAGCCAAAACUUCCCACAGCUGCCUGCCUGCACAGGUCAGGAGCCCCUCUUGGACACAGUGUAUGUAGACACCUCCAAUUUACGGCUGUCUUACUGUGUGUAUAAAGCUGUGUAUGCCAUUGCAUACUCCCUCCACAAUUUGAUCAGCUGUGAGCCUGGCAAGGGGCCUUUUCAAAACUCUUCAUGUGCUGACCCAGCUAACCUUUAUCCAUGGCAGAUGCAGCAGUAUCUCCAGGAAGUGUCCUUCAUAAUUUCCGGAGAAGAGGUGAACUUUGAUGAAAAAGGGGACUCGGUUCCAUCAUACGAUUUAAUCAAUUGGCAGAGGGAUACGUCAGGAAAAAUUCAGUUUAUAAAUGUGGGAAUGUUUGAUGGAGCAAAGGAUGCUGGGAAGGAGCUCUUCAUCAAGGAGGACGCAAUUGUGUGGACAGGCAAUAAGAGUCAGGUGCUGGUGUCUGUGUGCAGUGACAGCUGUACUCCAGGAUCCAGGAAGGCUGUUCGUCGUGGGGAGCCUCUCUGCUGCUUUGACUGUGUACCAUGUGACGAUGGCAAGAUUAGUAAUCAGACAGGUGUGUUUCAUUGCACACCAUGUCCUGAGGAUUACUGGUCCAACACAGCCAGAACAGAAUGCAUACCCAAAGCAGUCGAGUUCCUCACCCACGAUGCAAUGGGGCUGACCCUCACAGUCAUUUCUGUAGUGGGGGCUUGCCUCACCGCCGCCAUCCUGCUGGUGUUCAUCCGCCACAGGAACACUCCAAUCGUUCGGGUCAACAACUCCGAGCUGAGCUUCUUCAUCCUCCUCUCUCUCAUUCUCUGCUUCCUGUGUGCACUUCUGUUCAUCGGAGAGCCUACAGUGUGGUCCUGCAUGCUGCGCCACACUGCCUUCAGCAUCACCUUCUCCCUUUGCAUCUCCUGCAUCCUGGGCAAGACUCUAGUGGUGCUCGCAGCUUUUACAGCCACCAGGCCUGGCAACAACAUCAUGAAGUGGCUCGGACCCAAACAGCAGAGGGUCAUCAUCUUCGCUUGCACUUUAGUGCAGGUCCUCAUCUGUUCCGUGUGGCUCAUUGCUGCGCCUCCCUUCCCCUUCAAGAACACUCAGUACAGCAGAUCCAAGAUCAUCCUGGAGUGCAGCGUGGGUUCCGACUGGGCUUUCUGGUCGGUCCUGGGCUACAUUGGGCUUCUGGCCUGUCUCUGCUUUGUGUUGGCCUUCUUGGCUCGAAAGCUGCCGGGCAAUUUUAAUGAGGCAAAGUACAUCACAUUCAGCAUGCUGAUCUUCUGCGCUGUGUGGCUCGCCUUUAUUCCUGCCUAUGUGAGCUCACCUGGAAAAUUCACAGUGGCUGUGGAGAUUUUUGCUAUUCUCGCAUCUAGUUUUGGGUUGUUGUUAUGUUUGUUUGCCCCUAAAUGCUACAUAAUUUUAUUGAAACCACAGAAAAACAGUAAGCAGCAUCUAAUGGGUAAAGUAAUAAAAUGA